AUGCUUCGCUCUCUGCGCCGUUUUCUUUGCUUUUCCUCUCCCAAAUCAGCUGAUCCCACUGAUCUCGCAACACAUGGCACGGACAAUGUGGAAGAUCUCAUUCACUUGAGACCUGCUGGCAGAACGAUUGCUCAAGCACGAAUUGCUAAUCCCUGCCCGGAAGGGGUUAGCAGUGUACAGUCCAGAAACCGUUCGGUUUCCCCCUCGAGUUGUGAUAGUAGCACACAAACCGAGUCGACAAAUGCCUCAGAUAGCGAAACCAGAGCAACGACAGUAUCAACUGUCACCGGAGCCACAUCCACGCUCCCCGAUACACCUGCCAAGUCUAUCUCCACAUCGAGAUUGAACACAAUCACAGCGUAUACCCCCAUCCUGCAGUCAGAUGGCACUCUGCGGGCCCCGCAGAUCACCUUUGAUGGCUAUGGCUCCUACGGGGGCCGGUUUGCUCCUGAAUCCAUAAUGGGAUUCCUAUACGAGCUGACAUCAUUCUUCGAGGCCGCUGUCUCAGACCCUUCGUUCUGGGAAGAAUAUGCCACGUUUCAACGUGCUCGUGCCACACCACUGCACAUGGCUGGGAACUUGACCAAUUUAGCAGGAGGUGCUACUAUCUGGCUGAAGCGUGAGGACAAAAAUGAAUAUGGUAGUCACAAAACCCGCAACAUAAUUGGCCAGGUCCUGCUAGCUCGCCGGAUGGGCCGCUCUGAGAUCGUCACAGAUUGUGCCUCGGCCAAGCAUGGCAAAUUCACUGCUGCAAUGUGCGCGCGUCUGGGAUUACGAUGUGUGGUUGUCAUUGGUGCAGACGACGCUAGUGCCCAGGAAGAGGACGUGCUCGAGAUGAAAUCGCUCGGUGCUAAGGUCCUGACGGCCCGCACCCCCUCCGGCAUGGGUAGUCUACGCGCAGCCAUCACAGAAGCCAUGCGGUAUGCGGUCUGCAAUCACGAAUCUGCAUAUUACCUCAUGGGUAGCCCGGUGGGGCCUAGUCCCCUGCCGACUCUGGCUCGCACGUUCCAAGCCCUUCUAGGCGAGGAGGUUGCAGCCCAAAUGCACGAGGCAGUAGGUUGUCACCCAGAUGCCCUCGUCACCGCCGUCGGCAGUGGUAGCGGUGCAAUCGGUCUCUUCAGACCGUUCCUCCAUGACUCAUAUAUUCGUCUGAUUGGUGUGGAAGCCGCGAAGGCAGCUACCCUGACAGAUGGAGGACUUGGGGUACUACAAGGUGCCCGCACUCUCCUGCUCCAAAACGACGAUGGCCAAAUACUUGAUUCGCAUUCCAUUUCACCUGACAUGAACUUGUCUACUGUGGGCCCCGAGGUCGCCCAUUGGAAGGACUCUGGCCGGAUUGAAAUCUCAACUGCUACGGACGCGGUUGCCCUGGAUGGGUUUAGAAUCCUUCAGCACCACGAGGGCAUUUUGCCCGGUCUUGACUCGAGUCAUGCAGUAGCCAAGACACUGGAUCUCGCUAGCGAACUUGGCCCGGGCAAGAAUGUGGUUUUACUGGUGACUGGAUGUGACAAGAUCGGCGUACCUGGGGAUGUCUGA